UCUUGCGCACUAAACUGUUCUCCGUUUAGCGUCACUGUCAUGACAACAAGACGAUGGCUCCAAGCGAGAAGAUGAGAAAUGUGUUGUUUGCGUGAAGCAGGAGUAACAAACGAGGAGUAACUCUUCUGUAAAGUUGGAGGCGCCAUGUCUCUUUUCAAAGCCCGUGACUGGUGGUCAGCUGCUCUCGGUGAGGGAGAGGAAUUUGACCAGGGAUGCCUGUGUGUUGGAGAUGUGGACAACAGUGGUACAGGACACGACAAGAUUGUUGUGGGCAGCUACAUGGGGAUGCUGCGGAUUUUCUCUCCAAAUGCCAAUAAGCUGAGCGAUGGUGGCACGGCCGAUGCACAGCUCCUUGAAGUUCAACUUCAAAAUGCCAUUAUUCAGGUGGAAGUUGGGAAGUUUGUCUCGUGUUCAGACCUCCUUCAUCUGGCUGUUCUUCACCCAAGAAAGCUGUCAGUUUACUCUGUGACAGGUACUUCAGGGAAUGUAGAACAUGGAGAUCAGUACCAGCUGAAGUUGGUGUAUGAGCAUAACCUGCAAAGAACAGCCUUCAACAUGACAUAUGGCAUGUUUGGAGGAGUCACAGGUCACCAUUCCUUGUGCAUCCAGUCUAUGGAUGGGAUGCUGAUGUUCUUUGAGCAGGACAGCUACUCUUUUGGCAGGUUCCUUCCUGGCUUUCUACUGCCUGGUCCGCUGGCCUACAAUCCCAGAACCGACAGCUUCCUCACUGUGUCUUCUGCACGCCAGCUUGAAGGCUACAAAUAUGAGACUCUGGCCAUUGCUACAGAUGCAGAGAGUCGACAGGAUUCAAAUUUACUCCCUAAAACUGGGGGCAAGAGGCUGACGCCUGACUGGACAUUUGUCCUGGGAGAACAGGCCCUGGACAUAUCAGUACCCUCAUUCUCCCAUUCUUCUUCCUCCAUCAUGGUGCUGGGCGAGAGGAACCUCUUCUGUCUUCGUGAUAACGCACAGAUACGCUUCAUGAAGAAACUGGAAUUUAAUCCCAGCUGUUUCCUACCCUAUAUCUCAGUGAAAGAUGGCACCAUAAACCUGCUGCUUGGUAACCACAACAACAUGCUGCUGGUUUACCAGGACAUCACGCUGAAGUGGGCAGCCCAGCUUCCCUAUGUCCCCGUGGCUGUUCGUGUCGCCAAUCUCCUGGAGCUGAAGGGUGUUGUGGUCAGUCUGAGCUCAGACGGACAUCUUUUGUGCUCUUACAUGGGUACAGACCCCUCCUUUUUCUCAACUCCAAAAGUAGAUGCUAGAGAGGCUGAUUAUGAGCAGAUUGAUGCUGAGAUGAAGAAACUGCAGAGGUUCAUCAGAGAGGCUACAAGAACUCAAGAUAUACUUCCCAAAUCUGAUGCUGUGGAUGACCUGUCUGUCAAGGCGACUGUGUCUUCAUGCCUCGACACACCAUCGCAAGCUCUAAUCCAAGAUAUUGAUGGUCUGCCUGUACCCUCAGUUACUGUACAGGUGAAGGUGAAGACCAACUCUGUUCUACAGUCUGCUAAGCUGUCCAUUUGUGUCCAGCCCCCCCUGGCUGUCACUCAAGACCAGUUUGUUUUGGAGCCAAUGGGUGUUGGUUCAACCAAAGAAGUGGCUUUUUCAGCUUUCCUCAAUGCCCAAUACCUACCUGCUGACCUGACCGGAGAUAUUGUCGUGUCCUAUAGUUCGCCAACAGGGGUUCCCAGGGUUCUCCAGUCCAGGUUCAGUCUUCCUCUGGCUCUGGUGUGUCUACCUUCAUCUCCAGCCAAAAACACCACGUUUAAGAUCACUGUGGACACCAACCAGCCACCAGUUGACCUCAGCGCUAUCUUCAGAGAGUUUUCAACAAAAACAGAAGAUAAGGAUGGGAACAGUUUGGCUUUUCAGUUUCUAUCAGGAGCCAAAGUCACUGUGCUGGCCUCUAAGACUUCCCAGCGUUACCGCAUUCAGAGCGACAGUUUUGAGGACAUGUGGCUGGUGGUGAAGGAACUCGUUCAAAGGUUUGAUCAACAUUUCUCCAAAUUGGGAACCAAAGACUUCAAGAAAAGCUUUAGUGGUCCGAUGCCACUUCAAGAAUACUUCCUGUCUGUAGACAAUCACUUUCAGCUGCGUGUCAGUGCUCAGCAGUAUCAGGAUCUGCUGUCAGAGCGAGCUGUCCAGUUCAGAGCUAUCCAAAGGCGACUGCUGACCCGAUUCAAAGACAAGACCCCGGCACCUCUCCAGAACCUGGACAAACUCCUGGACGCCACUUACAACCAGGUCAUUGCCUUGGCCGAGGCUGCAGAGGAGAACCGGGCGCUACUGGAACAGGCUUUUGUCCGUCUGCGGAGCGCCACUCACCUGCUGGUGCUGCUCCUGUCCCUGUGGCAGGGCCUGACCCCUGACCAGACCGCCAUUCUGGAGGCCACCUUGCUGCCGCUGCUGCAGGACACACCGCAGCUGGGCUGGGAGGAGAGCUGUGAUGCGGCAGUCUCCCACCUUCUCCGGAGCUGCUUGUCGCGAAGCCCCAAGGACCAGGCCACUUCUCUGGCGCAGGCAGGCGGUCCCGUGCUGGGCCUUCCCCAAGACACCACCCGCCUCAAGAAACACAUAGCCCUGCUCUGUGAUCGCAUUGGGAAGGGAGGGCGGCUCACCCUGGCUUCUGAAGCUAAUGUCCAGAUCCCUGCACACAUUCAGAAUCUCGCUGCUCCAGGAGGUGUUGAACCAAUAGCGGAGGUUUCUGGUGAUGGGGAGGAGCUGGAACCUCCCCAAGAAAUGACCAAAUUCAUCAAGAAGAAACCAUCAAAGAAAGUCAAGAAAGAAAAAGAGAAGAAAGAAGUUUCCAGAGAGCCAUCUGAGGCAGAUGUGAAAGAGGAAGCAGGAGUUGCAGGAGCAGAGGAGACCCUCAAGGAGGCGAAAAGGGAGAAAAAGGAGUCAUCAAAAGACAAAAAAGAGUCAAAGAAGGAUGCCAGCAAGGAGCCCAAAGAGCCCAAGGAUGACACGAAGAAGAAAGAGUCAUCUUCUUCCAAGGAAAAAAAAGAGAAGAAGGAGAAGGACAAAGACAAAGAAGGAAAGGAGUCUGGGGACAAAAAAGUGUCCAGGAAGUCCUCCUUAAAAGUAAAAGAGAAGAAGAAAGACCCGGAAGCCGGAGAGGGCUGAUGGACGCAAUGCAAUAUGUUAUCUUUAUAUGCAUUUACAAAUAUAAAGUUCAUCUUCCACACUUAUACUGUUAACAUGUCAACAUAAACAGGGCAAUGUAACAGAAAAAUGUCCACUUAUACGGUUUACAUAUGUAUUUAGUUGUAAAUAUUCUGUUAGGGUUACAUUUCUCAGUGGCAAAACCAUUUCCUCCCAGAUGUUUUUACGCAACCGCGCUGAUCCGCUGCUCUUCUGCUGAAUCCACAACAUAUAGCCGUUCAGCGACUGUGUUUUCCAACUGUGGUGAACUCGGAGUCGACGAGGAGUGAGGAUGAAUGCGAACUCCUCCUCCUGCUCGUCGUUGUCUUCGUCUUGCCUCAGCAGCAUUUGAACCCACAGCACUAAUUUCAGCAAGGGCCCCAAACCAGCUCACACCCACACACACUUUGAGGGUUCACCGGAGUAAAAACCAGGAAUAAAAAUCGCCUGGCUCGUCCGGCCGCCCUGCUGCUUCCGGGUAAAUCAAGGCUACAUCCCACAGCCUCCGCUGCUGCAGCCACCCCCAUCUGACCUUCACCGCUUUUUUAAGUUUGGUUCACUCAAGAUGAACGCGUGGUGGCGUAGGGACACGUACUUGUCCAAUUGGAGUUCCAACCUUUGCUCAUCUGUGAUUUAAGCAGCUUCAUUAAUGUCAGUUUAAAGAGAGUAAAUUAGAGUAAUAGGAGUGAAACGAGAAAACUAGACAUUUUUUAGAAGCAAAAAUUCCUAUGUUGUAAAAGAAAAAAUCUCAGAUUAGUACAAUAUAACAUAAACACUUUUUCUGAUAUUAUUUCCUUUCAGAGCCAAUUAGACAGGCAUGGCUUGAAAGUUUCCUUAAAGGAUUCAAACACUACAUUUAAGAAGCAUCUUUCACAAAAGACAAUUGUGUCUUGUCUUUUUGGUAAGGAUUUUCACAUUUUUAGUAUGAAAUUAAGACACAUUCUAAUUAUGUCUGCAGGUCCGCACAUCCUUUGAUGCAAGUUUUAGAAAAACUGCUUUUUUUCCAUUUUGAACCCACAGCACAUGUACAUUUGUACAUGUUUUGUCAUCCACAGACAGUAGAUCUUAAGAAUUUUAGGUCUGUUUCUGCCAGAAUUAACGUUUGUAGACUCCUGCCAAAGUUGCUAUUCCAGCAGCUCUGCGUUACUCUCUAAGUCCACAUGAAGCCUGUCUGUUGGUCCAAUUUAGGCUGUUUUCUUGUCCGGGACACUUAAUUUUAUUUUUAGCUUGUAUUGUGAAACAGAUGACUGUUUGAAAUGUUGGUCUCAGCCUCUGUUGUCUGAGCAAAAAACCCAUGGAGGGAAUAUAGUUUCCCUCCAUUUAAAAAAAAAAAAGAAAAAAUAGAUAUUUGAUUAUUUCACACAUGUUUAAGUGUAAAAGUUGAAAGAGCGCCAUCUCAUCUUUGCCAAGAAAGACUGUUAGAAAUCUUGGUGAUUUUGUAAAACUAUCCACAGGAUACCAUGCACUAUAAGUUUCAUAUCAUAUGUUGACAUGUUUGAAAUGUAGAGCAGGUUUUGGUUCACGUCCAUCAGGCUCCUCCUUUGAGUCUGCUUUUAUAGCCAUUGUUUUUCCCAGAAGACAUUUCUGUAAAAACCUUGCUAACUGUGAAGCCUGUAGUUAAAAUCCCCAAACAUGAGAAUAAAGUAAACUUAUUUAUGA